AUGUCAGAAAAGACCCCAUUGGUUCUAGUAAACAUAUGCUUGAAAAAUGCUAAUGAAGGACUCAAUUAUGAAGAAGCUGCAGAACUCGGAGCACCCAGGAAAUUGCCACUUAUUCAUAUUGCGGCAAAACACAUUUGGUCCUAUUGGGUUUCUGUGCUCGAGAGGCAGAUAUUUGACUUCCUUGGUUAUCAGUGGGCACCUAUCCUGGCAAAUUUUAUACAUAUUAUUGUAGUCAUACUUGGCUUAUUUGGAACCAUCCAGUAUAGACCUCGUUACAUAACAGGAUAUGCUGUCUGGCUGAUUCUUUGGGUUACGUGGAACGUGUUUGUUAUCUGCUUCUAUUUGGAGGCUGGGGACCUUUCGAAGGAAACAGACCUCAUUCUGACUUUUAAUAUCUCAAUGCAUCGUUCUUGGUGGAUGGAGAAUGGGCCAGGCUGCACCGUGACCUCAGUAACCCCAGCACCAGACUGGGCACCAGAGGAUCAUCGUUAUAUCACUGUCUCGGGGUGUUUUCUUGAAUAUCAGUACAUAGAGGUGGCUCACAGUUCUCUUCAGAUCUUCCUUGCAGGAAGUCUCAUUUACAGAGCUACGACAUCUUGAGCACCUGGCCGAAUCCGUAUGCUCUGCAAGGACCACAGCUCUGCCUGUCC